AUGACAGUUAUAGACGAGACUGUCAUGGACAUCCAAGGGAUGGUGGAUGACUUGAACCAGAUUGUUAAAGGAGUGGAAGCCAGAGGGGAGGAGCUCUUGAUUGAAGUGCAAGAACUCAAGUCCGACAUAAGAGAGCUUCCCGCCAAGGUGAAGAAACCCAAAGGCAUGAUAUUCGUGGAUGUGAAGAUUAGAGGUAUCACGAUGAGUACACUCGUGGAUAUUGAGACGUCCAAUCUCUUCAUAUCUCAAGAGGCCACAAAGAAGCUGGACCUUUCGGUCGAAAAGGGAAGAGCCAGUUGGCUCAAAACAGUGAACUCCAGCAAAGUCUUGACUAGCACCAUGGCUAGGGACGUGGAGCUCCACCUUGGUCCAUUGACUAGCAAGGAAAACAUUGAGAUGUUGAAGGGAGCAAAGAAGGGUGAUGUGACCUUCUUAACAACGUUGAAAGUUGAGGACGCAAAGGGAGGUUAUGCACCAAAGGAGCUUGGGGAAGCUCAGUGGUUCACCAAGUGGUUCACCAAGCUCAAUCUUCGAUUGGGGUACUACCAAGUUCAGAUCACUAAGGGGGACGGGUCAAAAAUUGCAUGCGUGAUGCACUAUGAGUCAUAUGAGUUCCGUGUCAUGCCUUUCGGCUUGACUAACACACCGACCACGUUAUGCACUUUGAUGAACAAGGAACUACACUUGCUCCCUAAUUGGUUUGUGGUAGUUUACCUUGAUGAUAUUUUUGUGUAUGGUAGGACGCUUGAGGAACACAUCGAGCGCUUGAGGAUGGGACCCGGUUGCCUUUGA